UCUAGUUGGAUUUGGUCGCGAUGUGUCACUCUCGCAGUUCGCUGCCCACUUUGACCGGCCUGCGGGCCCCAGCUCCCGCUCCCUCCCCCAGCCCGGGGCUGCGGCGGGGCUCAGGCCCCGAGAUCUUCACCUUCGAUCCCCUGCCGGAGCCCGCGGCCUCUCCCGCCGUGCGGCUCAGCGCCUCCCGCGGGCACAGAAAGCGCAGUCGCCGGGUCCUGUACCCGCGAGCGGUCCGGCGCCAGCUGCCCACCGAGGAACCGAACGCGGCCAAGAGGCUCCUGUUCAUCCUGCUCGCCGUGGUCUUCUGCCAAGUCCUGAUGGCCGAGGAGGGCGCGCCGGUGACCCUGGGCCCGGAGGACGCGCCCGCCGCCGAGCCCCCCGCACCUGCCGCCCUCGAGCCCUGUAAUCUGACCUCGCGGCCCGCGGAGCACGCCCCCGACCUCCGCGCGUUCCUCCAGCAGCACCCGGCUGCCUUCUGAGUCGGCGCCGCCGAGGAUCGAACCCACGCACCGGGCGGAGCUGGUGCGCGCGAGCGUAUCCCACACUGGGACCGCGGAUCGGAACACUAACUUAUUCUCACUGCUCCUAAUUAAUAUUUAUACGUAUUUAUGUGUCCUCAGGGUGAUGGGGGAUGUGUAAUAUUUAUUUUAACUUAUGCGAGGGGGCGCGGUGCUCCCCUUCGUGAACGCCGAUCUCUUACUGGAUGCCGGUUGGUGGCGCCCGGCGCCCGCGCCUCCGCCCCGCAGGUCUCAGGGAAGGGCGGUGGGCCGUGGGGUUGGGGUCGCCCAGUAUGUUCUGUGAACACGAAUAAACCUGAUUUACGCCGG